AUGUUCGCUCGUUUCUUCACCGUUGUUUUCCUUGCGGCUCUCGCUGUCGCCAGUCCCCUCACUCUCCGUGAUGGCCAAUGCAACACUGGUAACAUCCAAUGCUGCCAGAGUUAUACCAGUACUUCCGACUACAACAAAAUGGCAAAUCUUCGUGGCGUUGCAGAAAUAGCUGCUGGCAUCGCCGGCAAGGUCGGCCAGAACUGCAGCCCUAUGACUGCUGUCGGCCUUGCCAAUGGCGCCAGAUGCAACCAACAACCUAUGUGUUGCAGCAACAACAAAAUGAACGGCCUUGUCAACGUUGGAUGCACUCCCAUCAACCUCGGGCUUUAA